AGCAAGCUGUGUAUGCUAGUAUAAUUAAUUAUUAAUAACAUAUAUACUUCUAAGAAUCUCCUCAUAUAAAGUCUAAAGACCCCAAAAUAGUCUUGAUAUUCUAGCGGACGUGCCCCUGAAAUAAGUUCUUCAGCAUUUCGAGUCUUUCUCCUUUACCAUAAAAUCCAGUUUAGUGAAAAAAUCAUUUCUAUUUAAAUACCCUUAUAUUUAUAAUGAUAUUCUCAAUUAAGUCACUCGCUUUGGCCUCAGUCGCCGCAUCAGCCGCUGCUCACUGCACACGUACCUACAAAGUACAAGGUGGUGAAUACUGCGAUGAAAUUUCAGCUUCUCAAGGACUUUCUACAUACCAAUUAGCUGCCAGCAACUUUGACAAGAUCAACGCUGACUGCACCAACCUCGAAGAAGGUGAAGAACUUUGCUUAGGCUGGCCAGGUUCUGAUUGCACAGAGACUUACGUUGUCAAAGAGCAUGACACAUGUGAUUCAAUUGCCUACAACAACCAAGUAAAUACCACAGUACUCUGGCUCAACAACCCACAAAUUGAUAACGCCUGUGGAAACGUCUACAUUGGUGAAGUAUUGUGCGUUCACAACGGCGUCAAGGUUCCGGAGUACAAUAUACCAGAAGAUGCUCCUGUCCACUCUAUCAACGACGUUGUUGACUGGUCAAACUCACCAGUAGCUAAUGCUAUGCCAGUUGAACAGCCAGAGACUGAUCAAUGCGACGCUUAAACUGUCUCACUUUACUUUCUAUUAUGACAUCAUCAAUAACAAGACAAACUUGCUGGAAUCUCUCUAUCAUAUUUCGUUACACACUCUUUUAACAAACUGGAUUUGUGAUUUAUAUUUUAAUCAUCCAUGACAUUCUUUUGCCUC